AUGACCACAGGCACAGCACACGCAAAGGUUCCUUUUGUAGGUGGUGGCGCUUUCAAGGAUCGAGAUUUGGCCAAUAGAGCACUUGAAAGCGAGAAAAAGUUGCGAGAGUUGAUGGGCAUGUUGCUUGAAGCCGUGCUAUCAGGUCCUCUCGAAAAAGAAGAAGUAUCGUCAGCACAAGAGGUUGAAGCUGAUGAUGAGGAUGAGUGGGAGGAUGUUGAGGGUGAUGAUGAUGAUGAAGAUGAGUGGGAGGAUGUCCAUGAUGAGGAUGUAUGGGAGUAUGUCGACGAUGACGAGGAGUUGGAGGAUGUCGACGAUGAGAAUGAUUGGGAAGAUAUCGACGAUGAAGAGGAUGACGAAGAGUUGGAGGAUGUUGAGGAUGAGGAUGGUGGGGAGGAUAUCGAUGAUGACGAUGACUUGGAAGACACCGAGAACGCUGAAUCUGCGUUACUAAGUUCGUUGCGAGCAUUGAUGCAGCCGCUGACAGUCUCAAGUCUAUCGGACCCAUCGACGCAAACACUUCCACUACCAGAGUCAUCACGAUGCGACUCCGAGAAUGACUGCUCCUCUGACGACCAUUCUUCUGACCUCAUUAGCGACCCCACUAACGACAUCUCUUCAGUCGCUAGCUCUUUCAACGACAAGUCUUCAGACAACAGCUCUCCGGACCACAGCUCUUCUAUCGCUAGCUCUUCAGACGACAGCUUUCCAGACAAAAAUUUAUCAGACAGCGAUUCCGCAGAAUCCUCCAACUCCUUCGACUCCUCGCACUCCUCACGCUCCCCAGACUCCUCCUCUAACUCCUCCUUAUUCUUAUCCUCUUUCUUAUCUAACAACCCCCCUACCAAAGACUACCCCCCUAUCGGCCACCUAUCCUUCGCUACCAUCGAAGAAGCCCGCACCGCUUACUAUUCAAUGUUAGUGAAGGUGGAGAAUCUACUUGUAAAGUGGUAUCACAAGGACGAUGUAACAGCACUUGUCAAGACCUUGAUCGAAUCUGCUCAGGCGUCGUAUGCCGAGCAGGAGGAGUUUUGGAAGGAUAGGCGCAUAGUUCAGGAGUGGUUCGGAGGUAUAGAUAAGUGA